CGCUUCUUGCUUCAUUGCGCCGGAUCGGUCCGUCAUCCAGGCAUCUGAGCGUAAAGCUUGCAUCAUAGACAACGACAAAGGCGAGCAAUCUCUUGCGAGACAUUCUUGGGCAGGCCCAGCGAUCGCACAGGCGCCUUGAGUAGCAUCCAGCAUCCAGCCUUUGAUCCAGCGCAUCAUGGUUCACGACACUGCACAGGGGCUCAAUGCUCAUCGACGCAUGGAACGUCAUCGUUCUCGAUCCCUUGCACCUCAUGAUUUGCCAUUGGAGACUCGGGACUUCAUCAAAGAUGUUCGAGCAGCACACGCGAACGACCAGCUCAUCCACAGUGAGGCAUACGACAUCUUCUACGGAGCCCUUGCCGACAUUGACCACUCCUACGCCAUCCACCGCGACAGCCGUGGCUUACGUCACGUCCUCGUUGAACACCGUCACGCCAACCGCGACUCCCGAACCUCAAAGUGACGGUCCCGGUGCCGGUCCCAUCAUCGGUAUUGUCGCUGGUGCCCUCGCAGGAGUAGCUCUACUUGCUGCCAUCAUUGGCUUCGUCGUCAAGAAGGUGAGGAGCAAGGAGGAUCCAUACGAGUCCAACCCCUUCGACCGUGACGAUUUCCGCCGUCAGAGCGCUAUGUUGCCGGAGAACUUUGACGAUGAAGAUGGCGCCCCUAGCAUGUCCGAGCAUCAGCAUAACAACCUUGCUGCUGCUGGCUAUGGCGCUGCUGCUGCUGCUGGCGGCAUGGCUUACGCUGGUGCCUCGCAGUCUUCUCACAACGCCUCUGGCGGUCCUCGUCCCCCCACCAUGUUUGAACGGCACAUGGCAGGCCCUGGCGCUCAGUAUGCCUUCGAUGAUGCCACCGCGCCUCCCGUCCCUCAGGUCGGUGCCGUAUUUAAUCAAGGCCCAGCACCCUCCCUUCCACCCAUGGCGUUCGGAGGCAGCGAUCCUUACACGCUUGCUGGAGUUGGAAACCGUGACCACGAGAACUUCAACAACUCUGUCAACCCUUACGCCCACUUGGAUCGCAACCGCUCAUUGGGCUCUGACCGUGGCUAUCAGCCCAACUUCCAGCCUGGUCAGCUCGCCUUUGGAGCACAGGGCUCGCAGAGAGAGACGGACUUGGACCGCGCCGGUUCCAACGGUAGCGACUUUAGCCAAGGACAGGCCCUCGACGCUGCUACUCAGAAUGGCCGCGAUCUGAUCUCGCCCUUCACGAAUCCCCACGAAACUUUUGCACACCAUGGUGUGGGCCAGCAGUUUGAGGAUGACCACGCAUACGACACCGCUGGUCGACCUGGCACUGCUGAAGGACGCAGCGGCACCCCUGACUUGGACAACCCUCAGAAUCACUACGCUCCGACGGACACUAUCAAUGGCGACCAACGUCACUACCAGACCAGUCCUGAGCCUUCUGCUAGAGCCGCGUCUCCCUUCAACGCCCUCGACAGCCCGCCUCAGCAGCCAUUGCAAGUGAGAAACCUCUUGCCAGGCCACCCUCAGCAACAACAGCGACCCAUCAGCACCGCCACUGAAGACCCAAGCGAUGCUUAUGGCGGCUGCUACUAAGCUGGAGCGCGAGCUCUAGAGCGGCAGUGAUCAGCAUGGACGCUGUUGGUCCAACCCGCAUCGUCCCGCUUUCGCCUCUUAUUCUGAACGGUUU